GCGAGCGAGCUUGAAGAACGGAACGGGAGCUGCUGAACCGAACUCUAUUUCUUGCUCAGUGUGUGUUUCUUGCAUGCAUUCGUAGUGUUAAUAGAAGAAACUGAUUCAUUCUCUCAUUGGAAAAUUUCGAUCUCGUUGUGGUCGAUAAGAGGACGGCGACGUGUUCCCCUUGGUUGUGUGCGAGGAACGCGACAAAAAACUGUGGAUUGACGGAGUAGUAAGCUACAUCGAGAGGAAUAAGAAGGACGUCUACUCCGCCAGUGGAAAUAGAGAGAGAGAGAGAGAGAGAGAGAGAGGAGAGAGCAGUAAUUUUUGCAAGAGAUUUCGUCGCGCGCGCGUGUCGUGUGCGGGCCAAGAGCUGCGUAACGGCUAGUGCACCGAGUCCUCCCUAGAAUUCCUAUCAAGAUCUCGUAGUGAAAAGGAGAGUCUACGCCAGCGAGGAAUGUCGACUCCCGCGAGAAGGCGGCUAAUGCGAGACUUCAAAAGGUUACAAGAAGACCCACCAACUGGAGUUUCGGGUGCACCCACUGACAACAAUAUUAUGAUAUGGAAUGCUGUUAUAUUUGGACCACAUGACACACCCUUCGAAGAUGGAACUUUUAAACUUACGAUAGAAUUCACAGAGGAAUAUCCUAAUAAGCCGCCAACAGUGAGAUUUGUUAGUAAGAUGUUUCAUCCAAAUGUUUAUGCAGAUGGUGGAAUAUGCUUAGAUAUUUUACAAAAUCGUUGGAGUCCCACGUAUGACGUUUCUGCAAUCCUAACUUCUAUACAGUCUCUUUUAGAUGAGCCAAAUCCAAAUUCUCCAGCAAAUUCAUUAGCCGCACAAUUAUAUCAAGAGAAUAAACGUGAGUAUGAGAAAAGGGUGGCAACAGUCGUUGAACAAUCUUGGUUGAAUUUUCAAGAAAGUGGUACAAUCGAAGAUCCACGCUGACACAAUAAAUACAAGUACCAUUCAAGUUGAAUACCUCAAUUGAUGCUGAUUCGUACUACAUUUCUCAAUAUUAUCCUUGAUGGAUGAAUGUGGAACAUAAUAAAUGUCCACAAAACUUUGCCAUUCAUCAUAGAUUUUUGAGAGCAAAAUGAUUGUUGAUCAAACAAUGCAAAUAUUGCAGAUGCAUGUGUGAAAGUGUAUGUAUGAUAUAAGAAAUUGUAAUUCCUUAUUUGUUUAAAAAUUAGAUAUGAAAUGAGUUUCUUUGCACCAAU